AUGGCCGCAACACACGGACGAAAAUCGACAGCAGACAGCAAUGUCUCCGAGCCCCACGUCCUCCGAGGCAACAUAAGCCACCAAGUCCAGGCCUUCACGGACUGGUCGCAGGCCCGCCGAUUCCGCAUCCUCGACACAAUCAAGCACGACCACAGCGAGAUCAAAUCCUUCUAUGAGCUGAUCGUCAGCUCGACCGAUCCAGAGGAGCAGACCAAGUACCAGAAUCAGUUCACCUGGGAACUGGCGCGGCACGCCGUCGGCGAGGAGCUGGUCGUAUAUCCCGCGCUGGAGAAAUACCUCGACGACGGCAAGGAGUUGGCGAGGAAGGAUAGGGCCGAGCAUCAGACUGUAAAGGAAAAGCUCAAGACCUUCCAGGACAUGAAAUCCACGGACCCGCGCUUCAUCCCCACGCUGCAAUCCCUCUGGGAUGAUCUCCAGGAGCAUAUACAUCACGAAGAGACGGAGGAUAUCCGGUGGCUGGAAGACGCGCUCUCGGAGCAGGAAAGCCUCGGGCUGUCGCAGUCGCUGAACAGGACGAAGCUCUUCGUGCCUUCGCAUGCGCAUCCGACGGCGCCUUCAACGCCGCCGUUUGAGACUGCUGUAGGGUUGCUUACGGCGCCUUUGGAUCGGUUGUCGGAUUUGUUUCGCAAGUGGCCUGCUACGUAG